AUGGAGAUACUGGACAACAUGGGCGAGGAAGGAAUGGAGUUGGACGGAUCAGCCACCACAGUGGCCCUUAUAAACACCAGCCUGGAUGGUGCCACCAAUGUCACCAACAUUACCUUUUUCCCCUACUAUCAGCACUCUCUGUAUGUGGCUGCCAGCUACAUCCUGGCCUACUUCUGUAUGCGCACAGUCACCAACCUCUUCAUCCUCAACCUGGCUAUCAGUGACCUAUUGGUGGGCAUUUUCUGCAUCCCUAUAACACUGGUGGACAACCUCAUCACAGGUUGGCCCUUUUCCAACACUGUGUGCAAGAUGAGCGGCUUUGUGCAGGGCGUGUCUGUAUCUUCAUCAGUCGUCACCUUGGUGGCCAUUGCUGUGGAAAGGUUUCGUUGUAUAGUGUACCCUCUACAUUCCAAGCCAACUGUACUUGUUACCAAGACAGUUAUCGUCUUUAUCUGGGUGCUAGCAGUGGUGAUCAUGUGUCCUGCUGCAGUGGCACUGACUGUGGAGAAAUUUCCUUUCCACUACAUGGUGUACAAUGAUGACUUCAACCACACAUUACCCCUGUAUACCUGCUAUGAAAACUUUGACAACCCUGACAUGAGAAAGGUCUACACAGCAGUUCUAUUUGCUCACACCUACCUGGUGCCCCUUACCGUCAUCAUCCUGAUGUAUGGAAGCAUCGGAGUCAAACUGUGUUCCUCUGUGGUUGCAAACAGAGAGCCACAGCUGGCCAAUGUAGUCCAGGUGGGAGGUAGAAGGGGUGGCCAGCUAAUGAUAUCACAGAAAAAGAUCAAGGUGAUAAAGAUGCUCAUCCUGGUGGCUCUGCUUUUCAUGCUGUCCUGGUUGCCACUCUGGACCCUAAUGAUGAUGACAGACUUUGCAGGCUUGGACAGGGACCAGCUGGACCUUCUGACCAGCUACAUCUUUUCCUUUGCUCACUGGCUGGCUUUCUCCAACUCCAGUGUCAACCCCAUCAUCUAUGGCUACUACAAUGAAAACUUUAAGAGAGGCUUCCAGGCGGUAUGCAAGUCCAGGCCCUUCUGUUGCCUCGUGCAGUGCCAGCUUUGGAGGAGGAUUUCCAGGUUGGGCAGGAAAGGAAGGUCUGUGCAAGCACCCUGUGGAGGUACUGGCUUCAGAGAUGCCAUUAGCAAUCACAACCACCUUGUCUUGGGGCUGAAAAAUCGAGUCCAUAACGACAACAAACUGACUGACACAGCAGAGGUGAACAGGAGUGCAAGGGUUGGGUGUGCGAUGGUCCACUCAGAGAGAAAUCUUUCAGAACAAGAGUUAGAAAUGGCAGCUGUACCUAAGAAAGGCAGUAAUGGUAAAGAAUCAGAGAGGGUUAGUUCACUGGCAGUUCCAGUGUAUCAGGCAUGGGGUAACUAA